AGGACUGGGCACAACAUGUCUCCAUCCGACGACGGCGAGGAAACCCUCGCCGCGCUCAUAGAACUGUCUAGAACGCCGGAGGGCCGGGAGGGUCUCACCGACGUGCUCAUCGACACCCUCUUCCUCCUCCCGGCCUCCCCGCCGCGCCUCUUGCUCCUCCGCCUACGCCUCCUCCGCAACCUCCUCGCCGGCGAUGAGCUCAACCACUACGCCUUCAUCGAGCACUCCGGCCCCGCCGCCGUCGCCGCCUCCGUGCUCUCCUUCCCCUCGCUCGCCCCCGACGUGGCGCGCGCCGCGCUCCAGGCGCUCGGGAACGCCGCGCUCGCCGGGGAGCUCCACCGCGACGCCGUCUGGCAGGCGCUCUUCCCUGAGGCGCUGCGGGUGUUCGCGGGGCUCAGGGACCAGGGAGUCCUGGAUCCCCUGUGCAUGGUUCUCGACACGUGCUGCGGCGGGGAAGGCGGUCGCGGGAGGCUCCAGGAGCUGUGUCACGAGGAGCUGGGCCUGCCAAUCCUCGUCCAAGCUGUCACUACGGCGUCACAAGUGGAGCACAAGGAAGAGUGGUUAGAGUGGCUUCUGUUCAAAGUCUGUGCUGAGGAGCAGAAGUUUGAGAGCUUGUUCUAUGCCUUAUGCUCUGCUAAUGAUGUGGGCGAGUAUAAUGCUAAGCAUAUUUUUCUUCUGGAUACGUUGUCAAGGUGUUUGAAUAGCCAUCCCGAAGAAGUUACCGUCUCAGACAGUUUUGCACAUGAUGUUUUUAAUCUACACAAGCAUGCUGCUGAAACUGUGAAUUUUACUUACCGAGGUACCUCCCCUCUUCCAACCGGGCACCCUGCAAUCGAUGUCCUUGGAUAUACACUGCAGCUCCUGAGGGACAUCUGUGCCUGGGAAUCCACCUCAGCAGAUACUCAACGCCCUGUUGACUCACUAUUGCAGGCUGGCUUUGUAAAGCGCCUUCUGAGAUACCUAGGUGAGCUUGAGCCACCAAGUACAAUCAGAAAAUCAAUGGCAGGAGCAGGAGGACAAGGAGAUAACCAUCCAGCUCUUGAAAAUGCAAAGGUCUGCCCAUACAUUGGUUACAGGAGAGAUUUGGUUGCAGUCAUUGCUAAUUGCUUACACAGAAGGAAGAAGGUGCAGGAUGAGAUUAGGCAGUUAGAUGGGAUCAUGUUGCUGCUGCAGCAAUGCGUCAUCGAUGAAGAUAAUCCAUACUUGAGGGAGUGGGGUCUUCUAGCUGUUAAGAACUUGCUUGAAGAAAAUGAAGAAAAUCAAAAGGAGGUUUCUGAACUUGAGAUGCAAAAACCUGUUAUAACUCCAGAGAUUGCUAACAUAGGUCUCAAGGUGGAGAUAGACAAGGAAACAGGUCGUCCGAAACUAGUCAAUACUUCUGAUACCUGAACUCUGACUACAGGCACUGCCACAAUCAAAGUUAAUGUUGAUGCUGUCUGUGGCUAGGAAUACAUGUGCUUAGGGGUGACAAUGGACUCUAAAUUUUACACUAUAAGAUUUAAGGAUCGGAUCGAAUUAGGAUUGGGUCAUAUUUGUAUUUAUUUUUGAAGUAAAAUUUAUUUAGGGCUCUACCAUUUUACGAAGAAGCAUUUGGAUCGCGAUCCAUUACCACCCCUACAUGUGCUACCUUCUGGUUGAAAAAGUCUGCAAUGUACUCUGAUGAUGAAGGUCUUUUGUAUAUAUGGUGGUUAUGAACUUAUGAUUGAGAAAACAGAAUUUUGC